AUGCUCGCCAUCGCGGGUUCCAUGUCCGUCGUUGAAGGGAGAGGCUUGACCGCCGGCGCCUGGGAAGAGCUGAUCAAGCUCUUCGAGAACACGGCGACGAUGAUGUGGGAGUCGGGACUAGAGGCGACAUCGCUGGAUAUGGUCCUUGGGGCCAGCUUCAGUGCUUUGGCAGCCAAGAAGCGGAAGGAGUUUCUCAAGAUGGCUGUGUUGGCGCCGGGUGCUGUUGCGCCGAUCGCGAUGCUGCGAAACCUGUGGGAGACCGAGGACAACAAGGGUGCGCGAGAGGAAGCUGACGGUUUAACGAGCAAGAGCCUGCUGCAAGAUGUGGGUGGUGGUGGUGGGUAUCGCGUACAUGACCUCGUUCUGGACUUCGUGAAGAUCAAGGUCAAGGCAGACGUGGAGAUGGCCAUCAGAGAGAAGGUGCUGGGCCCAGAGCACCCUGAUGUGGCCGCAUCGCUCAACAACCGGGCGGGGUUGUUGAGAAAAUGUUUCUCCACAAUCCCAUUUACGAUUUUCACGCUGAAACACGACUCAUCACGCUAUCCUCACUGCAUCCAGGGCAAAUACUCGGAAGCUGAGCCACUCUAUGACCGGUGUCAGGCGAUGAAGGGGAAGGCUCUAGGCCCUGAGCACCCAAGUCUAGCCGCAACGCUCAACAACCGGGCGGAGUUGUUAAGAGCGCAGGGCGGGGUUGUUGAGCAAUUGUUAGCCCGUUGUCAAUCCCCGCUAGCAUUGACCACACUUCUGACGUGCUUGCCCUUCACGUCUCAGGACCCUCUGUUUCUUCGAGCUAUUGAGAUCGGAGAGAAAACGCUGGGCCCCGACCACCCAGAUCUUGCCACAAGGCUCAACAACCGGGCGGAGUUGUUGAGAGCGCAGGGGGAGGGGGCGACCGAGGUUUUGGAGACAGCGUUGGGUGCUGACCACCCGAACGUGGCCACAGCGCUCAAGAACCGGGCGGGGUUGUUGAAGCGCCAGGGCAAGUACAGCGAGGCGGAACCGUUGUAUGUUAGGGCUAUCGCAAUCGGAGAGAAAGCCCUGGGUCCGGAGCAUCCAGAUCUUGCCGUGUGGCUCAACAACAGGGCGGGGUUGUUGCAGAGCCAGGGAGAACCCUCGCCGGAACACGAGUGCAAGCGCUGCUGUGCGAGCGCGCGGAGAAGGCCAACAUCGCGCGCCAAGAGNCCGCAUCCCCCGAACGUGGACUACUUCCACUCAUCCUCCCCUUGCCCAUCAUCCGCAUCCAAUAAACUGAUGCUCGCGGUAGCCAACGAGAAAUCGCUGAAACUCAACCACUGGGAUGUCAAGCAGGCGUUUACACACGCUAAGUUGGACGAGGAUGUGUUUCUGAGGCUCCCCGCGGGGUGCGGGGAAAAAUCCCACAAAGUUGUGAAGGCUGAGCGUGCUAUUUACGGCUUGAAGCAGAGCGGCAGGCAGUGGGGGUACCACGCUGCCGAUACUCUUGUAGAAAACGGGUUCGAGCAGUGCAAGGCUGACCCGUGCGUCUUCCGCAAGAUGAAAGACGAUGUCGUGGUGAUGAUUAUCGUGAUUUAUGUGGAUGACCUUUUGGUUGCUGGGUCUGAUGAUGAUUGCAAGGAGUUGCUUGAUUCCCUCGACAAGGCAUUCCCCACCAAAGACCUUGGAGAGUGCGUGUGGUUCGACGGGUGUGCCGUCGAGAGAGACCUAGAGGCUGGGACCCUUAGAAUCUCCCAAACCGCGUACAUUGACAGCAUCGUGAAUCGCUUUGAUGUGCAGUCGACCUCCUCCAUCCCUGCUUCCCCUGGUGUCGANGGCCGGUGAGGGAGGCCAUCGGCAGCAUGAUGUGGGUGUCGACGUUCUCGCGCCCGGACAUCUCGUUCGCCGUGCGUGCGGUAGCGCGCCACGCCCAUGCCCCUGCCGAGAGGCACUGGAAGGCCAUCGUAAAGAUCCUCGCCUACCUCAAAGAGACGAGGGACCUCGGGAUCACCUACAAACGGGGAUCGGGGUUGGGGCUGGCGGUGUACGUGGACGCUAGCUACGCCGACGCUGAGGAUAGGCGUUCGGUGUCAGGGCUGGCAACAAC